CCAGCAUCAGCCACACUGGGAGGGCCCCAAGAGGGUGGCCUCACGACACACUCCACUGCCUCCCCCCAGGCUCCCCAAGGCUGGAAGGACAACCUGUAUCAGGGUGGGUGUGGUGUGUGGUUUGCACUCAGCCCUUCUCUUGGGGCUCCCUUGAGCUCCAUUCACACCAGAGAGAGAGCAGGAGAGAGAGGACAAGCAGAUCCAACAGCCUCGACUCCAGGGGAAUAAGGGCAUUGCCUCCUUUUGUGGAAGGACACGCCCUUCUGAUGGAGAAUGGGAACUCCCUCCUGCAGCAGCCUGCCUGCAGCGGUCUGGGUAGGACAGCGUGGAUGCUGUAGGCUGAUGCAGCUGCCGUCGCCCCAGAAAGACAGUGCCCCACAGCCGAAGCAGAGAGCGCUGCAGUAACCGAGAGGUUCAGAGAGCUGGCUUGGGGCUGCUCGGGAAGCAGCCGCAGCACAGUGACAGUGACAAACACAGAGCAGACGACACCAAGUGGAUUCCCUUUCCCCUUGGACAGAGAGGCACAGCCCUCAGCCUGCAAGCAUUUCAGCCUUGAAAGCGCCAUAACCAGCAGCUGCUGAGCCAUGGCUGAAGGAGAAAUCACAACCUUCACGGCCCUGACCGAGAAGUUUAAUCUGCCUCCAGGGAAUUACAAGAAGCCCAAACUCCUCUACUGUAGCAAUGGGGGCCACUUCCUGAGGAUCCUUCCAGAUGGCACAGUGGAUGGGACAAGGGACAGGAGCGACCAGCACAUUCAGCUGCAGCUCAGUGCGGAAAGCGUGGGGGAGGUGUAUAUAAAGAGUACCGAGACUGGCCAGUACUUGGCCAUGGACACCGACGGGCUUUUGUACGGCUCACAGACACCAAACGAGGAAUGUUUGUUCCUGGAAAGGCUGGAGGAAAACCAUUACAACACCUACACAUCCAAGAAGCACGCAGAGAAGAACUGGUUCGUUGGUCUCAAGAAGAAUGGGAGCUGCAAACGCGGUCCUCGGACUCACUAUGGGCAGAAAGCAAUCUUGUUUCUUCCCCUGCCCGUCUCCUCUGACUAAAGAAAUCUGUUCUGGGUACUGACCACUCCAGAGGAGCCUGAAGGAGUCCUCACCUGGUUGACCCCAGAUUGUUCCCUUGACCAUUGGCUGCGCUAACCCCUGGCCUACAGAGCCUGAAUUUGUAAGCAAUGCGCUUCUAAAUGCCCAGUUCACUUCUUUGCAGAGCCCUUUACCCCUGCACAGUUUGGAACAGAGGGACCGAAUUGCUUCUAGGGGCCAACUGGCUGGCCAGUCUGGGUCUGGUUUGGAUGUCCGUUGCCUCUGGGCACCUGCUGCAGGCUGAGCCUCUCAAUGCAAAGGUGGGGCCAAAGGAAGUGUGUUCAGGGGCUGCCAAGUGGGUCAUCAAUAACUGCAUAUGAUUCCCUCCUCUGAACAAACUCUGUCUGUGAUCCCCCAAACAUCUGGCAUGACUCCCUUUCAUCCUUUCAAUACCCCACAAAUAUUAGCAGAGAAGCUUACAGCUAGGUUAGAGGAAGGCAGCGUUCCAUCAGUACAAACAGGGAUGGAGAAACCCCCCCUCAAGAACAGAAGGGAUUAAAAUGGCCAGGGGAGAUGAGAUGGGAUUUUGGUGGACAAUUUAGAGGACCGAUCUCAAUGCCAAAUAAUGGAAGGAUGGGAGGCUCAGCCACAGGAAAGCAGAAUAAACGCAAAGCCCUGGGAGCCGCUACGAUGCCUUGACUUUCCCAAGGUUACCUGGUAGCAGGAAGUCCCUGAAUGGUGUCAGGUGGAGAGCAGGAGAAAUGGGUUCUUGAUAAAAGCAAGGACAUCGGAUGUUGGUAAAUCCGUUUGGGUCCGGGGAGUGGAUGUGGGAGUGAAGAGAAAGAAAGGGAAACACGGGCUGAGGGGAAUCAUGCUCAGGAUGAUUCUAGAAGUGAGAAGGAAAGAGAAAGGGAUGUCAUGACUAGUGCUUGGCCACCAGAAAGCAGGGGCUUUGGGGUCCUAGGGCAGUGCUCACAGGUCAUACUGGGAUCUUGUUUGAGUGUAGAUUCUAGUUCAGUGGGUCUGGGGUGCAGGUUUUACAUUUCUAACAUGCUCCCAGGUGCUGUAGAUGCUGCUGCCUCCCCCCAUCCCCACCCCUACCCCCCAUACUUUAAGCACCAAAAUCCCACAGAAGGUUAUUCAAAUGACGGUGGCUCAAACCCCUGACCUCUCUCUUGCCUCAUCCUUAAAAACCGCAACCCCCUGUCUCCCACCCCCAGUCUUCCUGAGCAUUUGGGCAGCAUCGGCAGUUACGCUGUGUUAAGGAGCGUGAAUUCCAGGCGCUUUGGCCCAAUGCCUAUUAAAUGCCCAUUUAGAAGAUAUACAAAAGCAUACUUCAAAAAUGUUAAACCCUCACAAACGGCUUUUCCCAAGAGAUCAUUUGUGUUACGAUUACUUGUAUAAAUAUGCUUCCUGCUUAAAGUAAACUUGACCCAAGUGGCUAGCAAAUUAGAAACACCAUUCAUCUCUGACAUAUGAUACUGUUGCCAUGUAAAGGCCUUUAAUAAGCCAUUUAAAUUUACUGUGAGACUGUAUGUUUUAAUCACAUUUACAAAUAUAUAGCUCAAAGGCAGUUAAACUGCUUAGCAUUCAGCCACUGAGAAUUACAAUAAGAUACAAUGUAUAAGCUACUCAAUUAUCUAUUACUUUUACUACAAUUACCUAUAAAAUGAGAUCUUUCCUUGUUUUCCACUGUGCUGUUACAAAUAUUUUCUUUGGAAAUGGGGACUCUUAAGCAAUGAUAUGAUAAUUGUGGAUAAAAAUUGAUGAGAGUGUUAGCUCAUGUUUUAUAAGGAACUGAAGUAAUUAUUAAUUGAAAAAUAACUCCUUGGUAAUUGAACUGUCAUAUUUUGAAUGAAAGAAAACAACAAUUUGUGGAAGUUCAAAGCGAUACUGUGAUUGAGGAACUGAACUAAGUUAAAACCAUGGUUAAUAAUCUCAUUCUGCAUUUGAACAGCAAAACAAUUUCAUAACUUUUCUUUGGUUUUGUAACAUGGAUAAUUCUAUUUUAUUUUAGUAAAUCUUUGCAGGCAAGUUGGGGAUAGUGCGAUGUGGCUUCACAUCUCUUUACUAUGAAGAUUUGGCCAGAAAAAGGUAUCCAGAGAGGAAAUUCAAGAUAUUUAUAAUGGUCUAUAAUUUUUAGUGUAUGAAUCAAAUUCAAGUAUAACAUUGGCCAGGAAAAAUUAAAUACUGUUGCUGACCGAUGAGACGGAAGUCUGGUUUCAGAGACCCAAAACAUUGUAGAAGAAACCCUACUGUGACCUGGACAACCUCAGCCCAGUCAUCAUCACGUAUUCAUUCAAUGAAUAUUCAUUAAGUGCCUACUGUGCGCCAGGCACUGUGCCAGGUACUGGGGCCCUGGGAACCUUCUCUGUCUGGUUUGCUGCUGCAGUCUCUCCCAGGGCAUUAUAUUUAUGAGGAAAGAGUCUGUGGAUUCAUUGCUUUCAGUCAAGUAAAAACAGACUGGGUAGGUUUCUGCUGAAUAAACUGCUUUCAGUCAAGUAAAAACAGACUGGGUAGGUUUCUGCUGAAUAAACUGCAAGUCCCAGAAACACAGGUUUGGGAAGAAUUAGCAACUCCCAGGAUAAGAUAAGUCCCCAUGAAAGUGUCAGCGGACAUGGGAAGGUAAACCUAAUGCUUUCAACUGUAGAACCAUAUCAGCUUCUGCAGGACCCCUUUCAAAUCAGGAAGAGAGCCUGUCAGAUCUCAUAAGGAGCUCCCCGCUCCAUUUUGAACAUGCUCUGGUUCCUUAAACGUGGAGCAUUCCUGUUGCUCUCUCUCUUCCUUGAGUAAGUCUUGUCACCAUCUGCCUGUCAUAUGCUUCUCAGGUGAAUUCAUUUUCAGACCAACUGUUGAGUCACCUGACAUUCUGAACAAAGCAUCAGGAGCGUAUAUGCUUUCGAUUGUUCUCGAUGUGGUGGUGGAGGUGGUGGUGAUCUGCUUCCGUGGAAGGGAUAAUAAUUAAAGCCUCCUAUGGCCAACAGUGUGUACUUAUAAAAAUCUGACGGAAGCAUCAUGCGUUACUGAAGAUCAAGGUCCUUGCUUUGUGUGGGAGGUGAAAUCCUCAGCCUUGUGGAACAUACUGCUUAAACCAACUGAGCUCAUGGGCUGCAAAGCAGACCUCUGAUGAAGAAGAUGCCUGUCAUUUUACAUCACUGUCUCUCUUUUUUGCACCUUACAAGUAUUAAUAAAUGUUCCACUAAUGGGUGAUAA